AUGGGUAAAAGUCGUGACUUCAAGCAGCACGGAACGCUGCCUAUGUCCGUCUACCUCAAGACCUACAAGGUCGGAGACAUCGUCGACAUCAAGGUCAACGGAUCCAUCCAGCAGGGUAUGCCAUACAAAUACUACCACGGAAAGACCGGUAUUGUCUUCAACGUGACCAAGAGCUCCGUUGGUGUGAUUGUCUACAAGGUUGUGGGAAACAGAUACAUUGAGAAAAGAUUGAACGUCAGAAUCGAGCACGUCAAGCACUCCAAGUGCAGACAGGAGUUCCUGAACAGAGUCAAGGAGAACGCUGCCAAGAAGGCCGCUGCCAAGGCUUCUGGCGAGCCAGUGUUGCUCAAGAGACAGCCAGCUCCACCAAGACCAUCCAAGGUCGUCUCGGGUGUCCCAACCAACCUUGCUCCAAUUGCCUACGAGACCUACAUUUAG